AUGCGUAAAUUCUUUUCCCGAAAACUUCAUAGAAAAGCUGUGAAGCGACCGGGGAAAAAUCAUCCACGGACACGCGUAACUUUCGUUGAAUCAAUCCCACAUGGGCCAGUGCAACCCCAAAACCAGUCUUCUUUCUUUGACAAACUGUCUACGGAAUUACGUAUCCUGAUCUAUGCGGCUUUUCUCGGGCACCCUGUCCGACCGAUGCACAUUGUGCCAUUUGACGAUGGAUCUGGACGCCUGGGCCCUAUUAAGAUACUGUACACCGCGAAUGAGUUCAGCUUCAAAGGCGCAAAAGGCGUCCUAGCCCUGAGGGCCGUUGUCCCUACGUCCCAUUGGCACACUAUACGACACGUUCAUGUCUCAACUAUGUUCUUAACCCCAAAGGAUUACUGGUCUAAGCAUGAGAACUACCCCCCGGAGAAUUUCGCAAACUGGACUGAGAGUUGUAAUGCUCUCCAAGACUUGCGUGACCUUCGAACCCUCCGCAUCGACAUUGUCGUCUACGACUCCUUCGAUCGCGAACACCCUGGAGCUGUUGAUGAUGCCUCACUUGUCUCGAUUUUACAACCGCUCAAAGAUAUCAAGGCCCAGGUGUUAGAAGUCGAAUUAAAUUUUCCGAUCCCUGAUACGGUUAGACGUGCGCUCAGCAAAAUCAACUUCACUAUUUCAACUAAAAAGAGGCCUUACAACACUGAGUUAUUCUGGGUUUGA